AUGAAGUUUCUAUCAGUCCUAAGCACCUCUCUUCUCAGCGCGCUGGCAUGCGCACCUCUGGCCUCUGCCUGGAGCUGUCUUUCAGAUGCCGAUGUAGCGGACAUCAUUGCCAGACAGAAGACCUUCUUGUCGAGACAAAAUGUAACAGCCGCAAGAGCAGCUGUCGCAACGCUCUUCUCUCCCAACCUGUUGGAGACCAGUGACUCUAUCAACGUUUUACGUGAACGCCCAUACGGAGUUCCAGUUUACAACGCAGAAACACCCAGAUAUAUCAACGAUACGCUAUCGGAGCCACCACUUCAAGCGCUCAACACUGUUGAUCUGCUACAUGACUGCACCAAGAUCGCAUGGUAUUGGGAGAUGAUCGGUGUUGGCGGUCCUGGAAAGCCAAGAGCUCGAGGUGUGAGUAUCAUCACAGUCGACAACUCGCAACAAAUCAUCAGCCACCAAAUCGAAUUCAACAGCCUUCAGUGGGCAUAUAAUAUUGGCUAUAACUGUACGGCGCCAGCAUAUGAGUAA